AUGGAUGAUACAGACGAGCAAGAGGACCAGGACAUGAUCGACAGCGUGCCACUCCCUGCAUCAGGGCCACAUGUGGCAGAUAAUGUAAGAUCAGAUACACCCAUUGUUCAGGGAGUGUUUUCACGAAAAAUUGUUGCCAAAGCAAGCAAAAAUGUUAGACAAUUAAAACACUUGAAUGACAAUGAAGUUAGUGGUAGUGGUGAGGAUGCCUUGGAGAAAGAUAGAAUGCAUCGAACAAAUUUUCGCAAGAAUAGUUUGUCACGUGUGGCAGUUUCAUCACGAUUUGAUGUCCUUGUCAGUAAUAAUUUGUUCAAGAAACAUCUAGGACAAAAUCAUGAGGAUAUUCUGGAGCGGAUUUAUAAACAACGAGGAGGUGUCUUCAGCAGCGGAAUGCGUAAAGCUUAUUCUAAUAUCGACCUAACUACUAUAGACUUAUCACAAACAUUCAAUAACCCACUUAGUAAUAACGGGAAAUCUGCUUCAUUUUCCACUGCAGAUAAGCAAAACGAAAAUCAGGGAAGCCAAGGUCUGCAUCAAGGCCAUAGUAAAGAUACAGGACAACAAAGACGGAGACGUGUGUCAAUUAGCAGUGGGCAGGAAGUUCAGGGUAUCGUGGAUGAACUUUCUGGCAUGAGGAAACAGGUUACUAUUAAUGGACAAAGAACUCAAACAGUAACAGCUAUUUCUAGUCGAGGCAAAAGACAAAAAUUUAAUGUUCCAAGUUUUUCUGAAUUUAGAAAACAGCGUCAAAUGCGCAUUGCUAGUGGUCAUCAGUAUGCAAAAGAGGCAAAAUCCUUGUUAGAUAACAACCAGAGUGUAGUUCAUCUUCCUGAAGUAUCAUCACAAAGUCUGGCAGAAGCUUCAGUUCUGAUUACUGCAAUGUCCUCUGAAAAUUCAGACCAAGCAGAUCAAUUACAACCAAUCAAUGAGGAUGAACAAAAAAGGUCCCGAAAUGUUGUUGAACAUGUUGAAGGAAAGUCACAGGAGGCUGUUGUUGUUCAAAGUGAGCAUGUUGGUUCAUGUGCUGUUGGAAACGGUGAAAUGGUUAUUGAGACAAAGGAUUCACCUUCAGAUCAAAUGGAGUUAAAACAGGCAACAGAUGUUUCUAGAGAAAAAGGUGAAAUUCUAUCACUAGAGCAAUGUAGUUCAGGGGAAGGUACUCCUAAUAUAAGUGAUUCAAGUAAGGAAGUACAUUCUGUGACAUCAUUAAAUCAGGGUACGAAAAAUGAAGGAGAGUUAACUGAUGUUUCCCUACCUACAAAUUUGGAUUCAAACCCUACUUGUAUGUCAAGUCAACAUAAUUCAGGGGAGAUAACUAUUGUUCCUGUCCCUUCAGAGGAGGAAAAGACUCCUAGUGUGUCAAGUCAACAUAAUUCAGGGGAGGUAACUAUUGUUUCUGACCCUGCUGAGGAGGAAAGGACUCCUAGUGUGUCAAAUCAACAUAAUUCAGGGGAGAUAACUAUUGUUCCUGUCCCUCCAGAGGAGGAAAAGACUCUUAGUGUGACUCCUAGUGUGUCAAAUCAAAAUAAUUCAGGGGAGGUAACUAUAGUUUCUGUUCCUGCUGAGGAGGAAAGGACUCCUAGCGUGUCAUGUCAACAUAAUUCAGGGGAGGUAACUAUUGUUUCUGUCCCUGCUGAGGAGGAAAGGACUCCUAGUGUGUCAAGUCAACAUAAUUCAGGGGAGGUAACUAUUGUUUCUGUCCCUGCUGAGGAGAAAAGGACUCCUAGUGUGUCAAGUCAACAUAAUUCAGGGGAGGUAACUAGUGCUAUACCGACAGAACGAACAAGUGACAGUAACAUACCGAAGGAUGUAGUUCUGGCAUUAAUGGGAAGUUCGAUGGAAACCCAGAUGUCAGAUGAAGUUUUUGAUGAUGACGAUUCAGAGUUGCAGUCUAGUAAAAAACCACCAAUACAUAUAUGCCUUCAAGGCAACACCUCUGAGAAGAGUAACUUUGUAAGGCAUGACCUUGACCUUAAUGAAAGUGACAUGUUAGUGCUAGAGGAUUUAGAUGUCCCAACAGCAAAUCAAAUGUGCAAUAUAGAUACCACUUACGAACCCUUAAGUCUCCCCAAUAGCAUGAAGGAUGCUUGUGAAACAUUGACAUUUAAUUCCCUUGAGCAUGAAACAUCUGUACUUAACAACAAUUUUAUCACUCUAGAAGUUCCCUCUGAGUCAAAUACUGAUGAUAUUGACUUAUCAGACACAAGGUCACAAUGUGAUAGAGAUUGUGGUCUGUUACCUGGGAAAAAAAUAACAGAUGUGGUAAAAAGUCUUUCAGAAACAGUUAACAGUGAGACAUGUGUUCCAGAGACUUCUGAGCCUGGAAAUGUACCUGAGAAACAAGACAGUCUGGACAACUGUCCAGAGGGUGGAAAUGGAAGUGAAGUGUUGGCAAGUGAGGUAAACAAUGACCAACAAACAAACAGCACUGGUGAGAUAAGUGAGAGAGGGAAUCAACAUAGAACAGAGACUACAUAUUGUACCAAAUCACUUAGUCCUGAAAAACCGAAAAUUCUCCCUCGAACACCAAAGAAUCAAGCAAAACCUGAUAUUGCUCCUCGACCUGUUCCAAGGUCAAGGCCAGUCAAUGAUCCCUCAAGGUCACAAGUUGUUCAGACUGGUAUAAGGCCACGGAAACGAAAACUGCCAACACGUCCACCGAGGGUCUCCCGGAGGAAAAGUGAGACGUGCAAUCUCAAAACUUUAGUAACAGAAAACUCCCCUGCUUUGCAGACCUCGCGGUCUCUUGAUAGUGAAGAACUGUCACAAGUAAAGGGAAUUGUAUCAGAAGUGAUUAAAUCUAGUCCUGGAAUGAAUGACAUUGAAAAUUCUGAAACCUCUACCUUCCCACCUCCCACUGAUGCCUCUACUCCACCUCUACCCUCUAGCCCCCCACCCACUGACCUGCCUACACCACCUUUGCCCUCUAACCCACCUCCCACACUCCUUAAACUGUCUGACAGGGAAUCUCCUUUGCUCUAUGUGCAAUCUGAUGAUUCCAAGGAGCCAAUAAAUUCUCUAGUAAUGAAAUCAUUCGAUGAAAAGAUUCCAUUUUUACCUGAGUCAUUAAAUGAAACAGGUCCAUUUAAUGUCCUUCAUCUCCCUACAUCUGACAAUAAUAGUCCCAGUGAUGAUGGCACUUUUUAUUUCCCAGAAAAUCCAAAGCAAUUUUCAUCAUUGGUAUCAGCUGAUGUCCAGUGUGAGGAAUCAAUUUUUGUUUUUCCGGAACCAAUGUUGAACUCUCCACUCUCAGACCAAGAGGAACCAACAACACCAGGCUCAGUGAACCAAAGUGAUCAGACCUUCUUGUCCACAUCAGAAUCAGUUACAUCUGACACAAGUAACAAGCCAGCAUCAUGGCUUCCAUCCAGUACAGAUGAUAUCUAUAAAUCUUGUGACAGUGUUCACCAACAGCCGGAAAGUGAAACAGAUUUUGAUUUAAGUGGCACCACAUUUGAUCCUACAAAGAAUCUGAAUGUUUACCGAUCAUCAUCAGACGUGUCCAACAGUACCCCGGAGGCACUACAGAAACGCCGGGAACGCAAGGAGAGGCCAUAUAAAAGUGAUCCAUUUGCAGGAGGCAAGCGACCAUCCCCUGGACAAUUCAUUAGACGUCAACGAGGUUUACCGUCGGAUGAUGGGUUCACUGAAGAUUGGAUUGAUGAAAUGGAUGAAGCAGAGGCUGUUACACUGGCCGAAACAGAAGCUGACAGAAAGCGACGGAUCAGAAUGAGUGUGAUUAGUGAUGCCAGCACAGAUAGUGGGGUCAUAGGUCAAGAUGGUCAAGAUGGGUUGCAAGAAGCACCACCAAGCCCAACAGGAAGUAGUGGUUCCUAUGGUUUCACCACCAAAGGGGGAGAUAAAUCUGGUUUCUCCAUAAUGGACCCCAACAGAGAUGAAGAAAAUGUUGAGACCAGCAUCACUGUUGGCAACAAAGAAGCAAAGAAGACGGAGAGAAAGGACAUUAUCAUUGAAAUCAGAGACACAGAGAAAAGUUAUGGACGUGACUUACACAUACUUAAAGAUCAUUUCUAUAAACCCAUGAAAACAAAUGGACUUCUAAGCUCAGACCAAGUUGAAGCUAUCUUUCUCAACUUGGAGCAACUCAUCAACACAAACGCUCAAUUCACAGCCAGACUGGACACUGCCCUACAAGAUGCUGUAACUAAUGGAGACCAUGGUUUUGUGACAAUAUCCAUAGGCAAUUUGUUUCUUAAAUCUACUGACCUGAUGAUGGCCUUCGAGAGCUAUUGCGUCAAUCAGAGUCAUGCAGGCAAUUUGUUAGAACAACUGGAGAAAGAGAAGGAGCUAUUGAGGAUAUUUUUACAGGCCUCACAGGAUGAUAAUGGGGCAUUGCGACGGAUGCCUCUUAAAUCUUUCCUCAUCCUUCCUGUACAGCGAAUAAUGAGGUACCCAUUAUUAUUAGAACGUCUCCACAAGUAUACGUCUUGCGAAAACCCCGACAAAGAGGCCAUUUCACUAGCUAAAGCAAAGCUGGAGGAAAUACUUGCCCAUAUCAAUGCGAAAACACAAAAAAGUAGUGGAUCCAUGAAGAUGAAGAAGAAGGUGGCUGACUUAUUGCUACAGAGGCAGGCUCACUCGAUGGAAAAAGCUGAACUGAACCGAGCAGCCAUUGAUAUUCUCGGUUGGAACAAGAAGGAUGUUUGUGACAUCACCACCUGUCGUUUACAGGUUGCCUUAGCAACUGAUCAUAACUGGGCCACAAAACGUCUCCGACUCAAGUUUUCUACAGUUCAAGGAAUCCUUCUAACCCUUGGAAAGGGGGAGCGUCACAGGUCUGAAGAAGAUGGUCUCCUGUUUCCCCGUAAAACUCAAGUCAUUCAAGCUGCCGUGGUGUUACUCAAGGAGAAAAAUGGCAAAUACCAGACUCUCAGAGAGCCAUUCAUGCUGAACCGAUGUAUAGUGAACCAUGACCCUGACUCUGAUGAUAUGUUUGAAGUGUUUGAGAACAACAAAGAACCCUUUGUGUUUAAGGGUGAUGACAAUGAAGUGAAACCAUGGUUAAUGAACAUGAAGCAGCAGACUUUAGACUUAGGGACAUGGAGGAAAAGAAGGAAUGCACUUCCUAACAUCAUGAUCAAACAUUUGGUGUGA